AGUGUUGAUAACCAUGUUGAUAUUACAGUUGUACUUCAUAUGUGUGAAGCAAUCUUUACAAAAAGGCCUGCAAUAUUGGCACUGAUUGCUGGUGAUGGCGACAUUACCCACAAGUGGAGAAAACCUCGGAGAAAAACUGGACUGUCGAGAUAUGGUUCUGGGGACAAG